AGUCACUUUGAACAGUUCAUGCGCAAGAGCACGUAGGCAGUGAGCGCUUAAAAGAUGUCACUUUGAAGUUAAAUUUACCGAUCCCGCCAUCCAAAGUGAAUCGAUAGUUGUUUUUUGUUGCCUGAUGUGGUAGAUGCAAGCUUCGUUAAAAUCGUCUAAAAAAAAGUGUAGCAAACGGUGCAUCAUGUCCGUAACAGUGUGCCAGCAGUUGUGUGAUGAUUUUCAUAAAAAAGUACUGUUUGUGGCCGUUGUGCAGACGCUAGUGUUUCAUCUGCUCGUGCAGCAGACAACAGCAGACGUGUUUGAGCAAGAGUUCCGGGCACAAAGAUCGCUUGCCAGUAGGCAGAUUGCAAAUCGACGGGAUACACGGUUUCUGCCAAUAUUUACCGUCUACCAGUGGGGUCAAGGACUGUGUUCGGCCGCUUCCGGUGAGUAUGGAUCCUGCCAGCCCAACAACGAGUGCGUGCUGCGUGGUGGCAUUCCAGCAGGACCCUGUGCCGGUGGAUACGGGACGUGCUGUAUCUUUAUGGCAUCGUGUGGUGGUGUUGUGCGCGAAAAUGGGACCUACUUCGUCAAUCCGAACCAUCCGGACAGUACGGAUGGGACGGGUAGCUGCCAGUUGACAAUCUUAAAGAUGCAUCCGGACAUUUGUCAGAUACGGCUGGACUUUGACCAUUUCUCGCUGAAUGGGCCCGAGAUCGUGAAUCACAUCUGUAACACGGACCAAUUUCUUGUGUCGGGCGGAAGUCCAGCUCCGACGAUCUGUGGCAGUGCAACGGGAGAACACAUGUACAUAGAUGCCGGAAUGGGCCAGAGCAAUCCCAUCAUACUGACCGUCAUCACCAGCGGCCCUAGCUUCCCCCGCUCCUGGCGCGUUCGGAUAUCGCAGAUCCCGUGCGGUGCCAUCGCAAAGGCUGACCAAGGCUGUCUGCAGUACCACACGGGCGUAUCGGGCCGGGUCAAGAGCUUCAACUUCGAUCCAAUCAACGGACGGCAGCUGUCGAACCAGGACUACAGCAUAUGCAUCCGGACGGAGCGCAACUUCUGCAGCAUCCAGUACACGGCGUGCCCGGGCGCGGUCCCGGGCAAUCGGUCGCGCACCUUCACCCUGUCGGGCAACAGCAACAGCGUCGUGCAGGCGAUGGUAGGCGGCGGCACGCAAGGAUCGCCCAACUCGUGCACGAACGAUUGGCUGAUGGUGCCGUGCGCCAAGAUUGCCGACCGUUUGCCGAUGGCCAGCACGUGCGAGGACAAGAUUUGCGGUGGCACUUUCAAUGCGGAAGUCAGCUCAGUCGAGCGAACGGUCGUAUCAACGAUACGCCCGUUCCGGCUUGCCUUCCACGCGGACUCGAUCGAGGCACCGACCGACGUGGAUAAUCGUGGCUUCUGUCUCGAUUACGUGCAGCAACCGUGCACCAGCAAUAAGUAGUGGGAAAAGGCUCAGACAGAAAGGAAAAAACACAUCAUUACAGGUGCAAUUUCUUCCGUUCGGAUAAGGGUUCGUGCAAAUAAAUUGUACGCCGAACACUCGGUCAGUUUUUGUACCAUUUUCUGUAAAACGAAAUGUUUCUUACGAAUCUGUUUAUUUGAAUCUUUUGAUCAGUUUGUCACAAUCAGUAGGUUGUUGAUGUUAUUGUUGUUGUACGUGUUUUGUUUGAUGAUGGCGUGGUGUGAUUGGCGCUAUGGAUAGACGCGUGUACUGCGAGACCUCCGGUGCUGGGGUCUCUGUGUCUAAUGAUUUUCGUAGUUGCGCUUGGCAGAACACACACUUGUUUGUUUCAGUUGCUUUUAGUUGCUCGAUUUAUAGACUUUCCAAUGAGAUGUUUUGGUUUGCUUUUUUGUUUCAAAACCAAUGACCAUCUUCAUAAACUAACGACGCUAACACUCGUAACAAUGCCCCUUAUCGCUGCUCCAUCCAACCCAACACCGUUAAUAUACUUGUUGCAUUCAAUCCCCUCCGUAAUAUGUUACGUUCACGUUUCUAUAUGCAAUAAUAUACUUUGAUUUGAUCUUUGUUUUUUUUACCAUCAACUAGUAAACACUCCGAGUGGAUCAUGAAAAUGUAGGUAACACGAGAAAAAUAGAGAAUCAUCGUCGUCUGUGUGGUUGUGGGAACAGCACUCUAUGUACGGCACGGGACAACCGAUACCGGGUGAUGAAAAAGGAUGCUUCUCUGUGUAUGUGUGUGUGAAUGUGAUUUUCUUAACUAGAUACGCUUCUAACUCCCCGCCCUAAUAAAUUCCAUUUUUUUAACAUUUCCCGGUCCCUUCUCGACUCUAACUUUGACACUUUCGAGCGAAAGAUUGCCCGCUGGCAGCGUGAAGAACCUUCCAGGACAGAGUUGUGAAGCUGUAUUGAACACAGCAAUAGUGAAAUAUUUUUAGAACAUCGAGGUUUGAAAGUGAUCCGUUUUUUGUUUGUUUAAUUCAAAACAUCAUCAUAUAAACUUUAUCGCUCUCUAUAUAUAGAUCUACUGUUUCAUUGUUUUGUUUUUUCUUUUCUUUUCUUCUCUGUUUUCUUUGCUUCUCUUUCUUCUACUUUUGUCGAAUGUUUUUCUUUUGUUCUUUCUCUAUUUUGCAUCUGUUGUUGUCUGUGUUGAGCUGUUUUGUAUUUUGUUCUCCUGUUGCUUCCUUUUGUGUAAGUGUGUGCACCUGGUGGGGCACUUGUUAACAUUAAUAUAAUCAAAUAACUAACGUGGUAAAGUGGCUCGUUAUACUAUCAUUUUUAAAGAGGUACUCUCCCCUUUCACUUGAUUAAACUUCUUAGCUUGUCAAAUAGAGCAUUUGUCUUUGGUUCGUUUAAUACGGCAACAUACAUGA